AUGAUUGCCGAAACAAUUGCGGCGAUGAAGGCCGCAAUGAAGCGCAAGGCCGAGGACGAUUUGGGAGGGCAACUCAAGCGACGCGACACCAGGCCUCACUUAAACCCGGACAGUCAAGAUUCUUUGAGCUGGAGAAGAAGAGUCAACCACGCGGGAUACACGCGCAACACCAUCUCAACGAAUCCCAAGCGUUACGACAAGUAUGGCUAUGCCUACUCCCCCGCAGCCUCGGACGACGAAGAGCUCGACGAAGACGCUGAAAUUGAAGCGGAGGAUGACAACCCGUUUGGAGAGGUGCAGCUGGAGAAWCUCCUACGACCUCUGAACUCUGCUGCCGACCUGGCCGAACAUCCGAGUUUGAAAGUUGCGUACGAAAGCAAGGCAUUGACGCAGAUGGCCGAUGAGGCCGCCGAGACAUUGCGGAGAGAGCGUGCAAGUCUGUACAAGGCCAAGCGACUGCUGCGGCGGUUCAGAGGCGACGGAGAUUGGGUGCCGUGUGGGCUGUUUGAGACAGAGCACGACGAGUAUCUACUGCUGGGCGGGCACAGUAGCGUGGGCGUGCGAAGUAUUGUACCCAGUGCUAUCAUGGAACAGUCCGCGAUGGAUUCGGACAUCCCACCACCCCAGGGUGUCGAAGAGAAUGCGGACCCUACGAAGACUGUGCCAGCCGGGACCCUGGGAAUGGACGCUGAAGCGAUGGAGGGCAUCGAGAGAGUCGAUCAGGCCGCUCUAGUGUUAGCUGAUGACGCUGUAGAGAGCGUGCGGCCCUUGCAGGAGGGCACAGAGCCGGCACGGGAGAAUACGGAGCCAGCGAACAGAAACGGAGACACGGCAGACCUCGUCAACGGAGAAACAGUCGAAGCCACCAACGGAGAGAGUACAGCACCGACGAAUACCGACGACGCAUGCCUCGAACCGGCCUCUAACCCCGUGGUCACCGAUCYCGCCGACCGCGAGGCCAACUCAGAAACAGCGUCCAAUUCCAACGCAACUGAGCGCCACGCCAUGACCACGCGUGCACGUGCUAGAUCACCUGCAGAACGCACGCCUUCACCAUCGCCCAGCGACUCCGCAUCGGUCCCGGACAUUCACCCUUGGUUCAUCGCACCACCCUCCGCCCUCACAGAUCGUGAUCUCGGUCUCCCUCCCCACGAAGCAGAGGACACACGUAAGCUUCUUCUCCUGUAUGUUCAAAAGCAGGAGCAAAUCUGUCGUCACCUAGAGGAAUUGUGUUUCGGACUGCAAAAAGCGRAUCGUUUGAGAAAAUUCGUCUAUCGCAGUGCCAAAGCCGAAGGACAUGUUAUCCUUGAUGGGAAGGGAAAUGCUGUGACGGAGAUGAGCGACGGUGAGGACUGGUACGAUGUCAAGGACUGGGAUCUACAGCCGUGGGAGUUGAAGGAUGGAGCCUUGGAAAAGGGCAAGGAUGAGGUCGAGGAUGUGGAGGAAGAGAGAAGGGGAAGGCCCGGGAGGGGUAGGAGAGUCAAUCGUAUUUAA